GCGCAUGAGAAUUCCUUCGGCUGCGCUGUCUUCCAAAUCUCUGCAUUCCUACUAGCUGUCUGGGUCAACGAGGCAGUGGGUCCAGGGUGCGCCGGCUACGCCUUUAUCCAACGAGAGAGGGAGCAACAGUACUACCCAUCCAACAUCCGCUCUUUCACCUAUCGUUGCCGGACUCAGACUCUCCAACAUCAUGGCAAAUGGCGCGCCUCCCCUCGUGCUACCCCAGGUACCGGUCCUUCCAGUCCUGGCUCCGGUAUGGGACAUUGCACUAUAUGCAGCGGUAUCAUUAGGCAUGGUCCUCUGGGACUACUUGCUGACGCUUCCGAAUGAAAUCCGGUGGUACCGGAAAAAGGGCUUCGUGUUGAUCACCCUCCCAUUCGUUAUCGUUCGCUACGUACCGAUCAUCUGGCUAGUGCUCUUUCUAACUGGCCAACGCGCAUUUUGGACGGAAAAGACCUGCAACGUGGUCGGGCGAAUCGUCCCCUAUGCUUGCUGCAUCGUCACCCUCGGCGCCUCGGCCAUUUUCGUCUUCCGCACUUGGGCCAUUUACAAUCGCAACCGAACCAUUCUUUGUCUUCUUUGUUUUCUUUGGGUCGGCCAGGCAGUCUGUACCCUCGUCGUCACCUCCUACACGAUACCAUUGAUCGGACCUGGCGGCUUAGGCUGCUUCCCGCUCGCCAAACCACACCCAAAUGUCUACUACGCAUACUUCAUCGCCAACGUCAUCUUCGACGUGGCCAUCGUCCUCAUCUCGUCGUUGCGCUUGCUGAAGGGCAUGAAAGCUAGCCCUAACCAGCGUACCGCGGGUAUGUGGCGUCAGCGCCUCCUAGCAGACGGCUUGCUUUAUUUCGUUGCAGUCCUCGUCGUAAAUGUGCUCAAUGCUGCAUUCUUUGCUGCCAACCCGAUGUGGGCGUACGCAUACAUUAACGCAGCUCUCAACGUCGCAGUCACUGGCAUCUCUGCUUCCCGACUUGUCCUCUUGAGCGGCUCCAACAGUGGCGGCGCUUUGGGCACGCUCGGUGCCUUCGCACUCUCUGGCCGAGGUGAAAGCGGCAGCGGCAGCGGCAGCGGCGGCGGCAGCGGCGGUCGGAAGCAGUCGUCCACAACUGGUAGCAGUGCAGGCGUCACCUCAGUUGACGUUAUGAGCUACAACGGCCCGCCCGUCAGCGGGUACUCACAAACCGGCCGCACAACCAAUGCUACCUACCUCGGCUCGCCCAUGAGUGGCUUCAGCUUCGAACCGACAAAAGGCGAUGAACACAGUGCCACCCAUCCUUUCACCAACGGAGUCUUCCCCAUUCAACAAACACACGCCCGUCCACUUGCAAGCGACGACGCCCGGCCCCAAAGCAAUUGCUCGAUCAACCAGAUCCACGUCAUUCAGAAGGUCGAGGUUGAGCGUGAAGGCUCAAUGAAUGUCUCAUAAGCUGUCACAAAAAACACGCCCUCGGCCUUGGCACAUGCAGCUUCACUUCCCUUUUGCUUCUCCCUCUCCUUUGGUUUUGUAUACUUCGUGCCUUUGCAUAUCUUACUUCCGGACCAUGACGAGUCACGCUUUGCUAAUCUUUGUACCGUUUAUAAAAUUGAAUCUGCCAACGUUCGCAAUGGAAUCAUUUCACG